AUGUCCAUGUUUCUCGACAUCUGUCCCACCCACAAAGAAAACUAUAUUUCUUGUGGCCCAUGCUUAGAAACAGCCUCUUCAGUCUGAUUAUUUGAGCAGGACAACCAAAAACUCAAAAAAGAACUUCGCCAUAUAAAAACAAUUACUUGCGAUCUAGAAGAAAGACUAACUAAUCUUGAGUCAAACUACUCAGAAAUAAUCAAAAAUUCUUCACAGCCAGAUGCAAAACUCCCAAUGUCAUUCAUUUUUAAGCAGUCAUUAAAAGACUAUCUUCUCGCGCUACAAAUGCCCACAAAUUUUUUCUCUCUUAUAAGAGACCAUGAGCUUUCCGUAGCCUGUCUUUUGAUUGCGAUUUUUCCACUGUAAGAUAUUUUUCUGCGCAAAUCGGCUAAGAACUUUUUUCUCGUUUAAAUUCUCAAAAGACGUCAAGAAGAUGGCUGCAAUAGAAAAUAUCCCUGGGAAAAGACAUAUAGACGAGCUUUCAGUUUCUUUUUUGCUUCAAACCAAAGUUAUUGAAAGUGAAAAAAAAUGCGAGUGUGGGAAAGAAAUGGUCCUUAAAUUUUGCGAGUAUAGUAAUGAAUAUAUUUUUACUUGUGAGUGUAGUAAAAGUAAAAAGUUGCUUCAUGGAAGUAUCUGGGAAGAUACAGCUUUAAGCCAAGAUAAAAUUUUGUUGUAUUUAUUUCUGUGGGCUAUGAAUCUUGGUGAUAAAGAAAUCUCCGAGCUGCUUGGUAUUCGUAAUGUUGAGCAGACUGAAAUUGAUGAAAAAUUAAAGAAAAUUGUAUCGGAGCAUUUUAUGAGGACGCUGCCGAAGUUUAGGGGGAUUGUGGAAAUUGAUGAGUCUUGCUUUAGAAGUGGAAAGGGCCCCUUACUCUUCUCACUUCAUGAGCGAAUAAAAUAUUUUGUCCGGAGAGUGGUUAUUUUUUUGAAAAAAAAAUAUAUUAAUAAAUUUUUUAAAAUCCUAAAUCGUAUAUAAAAAAUUAAUUAAUUUGUAAAUUAUAUAGCUUAUAUCCCUUUAUAGAUUUCUUUAUCGAGCAAAAUGUACUGGAUUAUUGAACGACCAAGAGAGACUCUAUUAAAGGAACGGGCUGGAUAUCUAUAUCAGGAAGUGCUAAAAAGUGACAUGUCAAAAAAUGGUGACAAGUCUGAAAAAAGUUGACAAGUAAACGCGCCAAUUUUUAAAAUGGAUUUAUUAUUAAAAUAAUUUAAAACUUAAGAUACUCAAUUAUACAGAAGAUAUAAUUACACAUUAUAUAUUGGCUUUAAAUAUUUUGAUUUUAUAUAUAUUUAAAUUUAAUAAUAGCUGUGAAAAUCAAAAAUUUGCAACUCAAUGUGCAUUUUUCCGGCUCGAUAGAAUGUUUUUAUUUUAUUCUAAUUUAUUAAUGAAGAUGAGAGCUAUAAUUUGCAAAGUGCGUGGCUUGCGAUUCUCAAUACAUAAGAAGUUCUUAUCGACUCAUAUGAGAAGUACUUAGCAAAAAUUUAAUAUGGCUUAUAAGUGAAAAUCUAAAACUUGCGACUCAAUGUGCAUUUUUCCAGCUCGGUAGAAUUUUUUUAUUUUAUGCUAAUUUAUUUAUGAAGACUAGAUCUAUAAUUUGCAAAGUGCGUGGCUUGCGAUUCUCAAUAUAUAAGAAGUUCUAUCGACUCAUAUGAGAAGUACUUAGCAAAAAUCAAUAUGGCUUAUAAGUGAAAAUAAAAAAUUUGCAACUCGAUGUGCAUUUUCCGGUUCGAUGGAAUAUCUUUAUUUUAUACUAAUUUAUUUAUGAAGACAAGAGCUAUAAUUUGCAAAGUGCGUGGCUUGUGAUUAUCAAUAUAUAUACAAAGUUCUUAUCGACUCAUAUGAGAAGUACUUACUCCCCCCCCCCUCCGUGAGCGAACAAAACCAUUAGAAAAAUCGCCAUUUUUUGACCAAAAACCCACCCUCCGUGAGUGAACAAAAAUAUUUUUAAUAGAAAAAAUUUUAAUAGAAAAAAAUUUUGCUAUAUAAGUGAUAAUUAGUAUAAUGAAAUCUAGAGCUAAUUCUGUUUAAUUUUAAACAAAUUGCGUUUUAAAACAUAAAUUUUGCAAAUUAAAUUAGUAUUUGCUUUCCAAUUUUUGCAAAUUAGGAUUUUUUUUUAAAUUUCGAAAAAAAUAUUUUUUAUAAAAUUUAUAUAUAAAUUGUUUUUAAAAAAAAAAAAUUAACCCCCCUCCGUGAGUGAACAAAAUUUUUUUGUUCGCUCACGGAGGGGGGGGGGGGGAGUUAGCAAAAUUUAAAUAUGGCUUAUAAGUGAAAAUCAAAAACUUUCAACUCAAUGUGCAUUUUUCCGGCUCGAUAGAAUUUCUUUAUUUUAUGCUAAUUUAUAUAUGAAGACUAAAACUAUAAUUUGCGAAGUGCGUGGCUUGUGUAUCUCAAUAUAUAAGAAGUUCUUAUCGACUCAUAUGAGAAAUACUUAGCAUAAUUAAAUUGAUUAAAAUUAAAAUAUCUUAAGUUUUAAAUUAUUUAAUAAUAAAUCCAUUUUAAAAAUUGGCGCGUUUACUUGUCAACUUUUUUCAGACUUGUCACCAUUUUUUGACAUGUCACUUUUUAGCACUUCCUGAUAUAGAUAUCCAGCUCGUUCCUCUAAUAGAGUCUCUCUUGGUCGUUCAAUAAUCCAGUACAUUUUGCUCGAUAAAGAAAUCUAUAAAGGGGUAUGAGCUAUACUUUUAAAUAUAAGCUGCUUGAAUUUCAGCAGAGCUAAUUAUGAUUUAAUUUUACUAAUUAUCACUUAUAUAUUAAAUUAUUUUUUUCAUAAAAUUUUUAAAUUUCAAAAAAUUUUUUGUUUGCUUACGUAGGCUUUUAUCCAAAAAAUAAGAAUUUUUCCAAUGGUUUUUUCAUUCACAGAGGGAGAUUAGGGUUUGGGCAAACUACUCCUGAAAAAUGGGUAUUUGGCUUAUACGAAAGAGAAUCCAAAAGGGUUUAUAUGGAACUAGUUCCUAAAAGAACUGCAGCAUAUUUACUGCCUAUCAUUCAAAAGCGGUGCGAAGCCGGCACCACAAUAAUUUCAGAUCAGUGGGCUGCUUAUAACAAACUUCCAGAGCUUGGGUUUCCUCACUAUACUGUUGACCACUCAAGGUUCUUCGUAAAUCCUCAUAGCAGAGAAAUCCAUACUCAGCAUAUCGAAAUUUCCUGGUGCUGGGCAAAGUACAAUAUUAAGCGGAAAUCAAGAAAAUUAAAAAAUCUUCAAGACAGUCUCAACGUCUUUUGUUGGAAAAGGCAAUAUAGAAAUUACAAUAAGAUCACUGAAGUUGGAGAUAUAAUGAAAGCAUUAUUUGAGCUGAUAAAGGAAGAUCAGCAGAACAUGAAGAUGAAGAAAAUCCCGGAGGUAGAAGUUGAGGAGAUAAUCUGCUAG